UAAGAAAAUGAAAAUGAGAACCGAACGUUCCCGAAGUUGAGAAAAAUUGGCAAUUGAAAACAGGGAAAUAAAUUUAUGAAAAAAUUUAUUGGUAAUAAUCUGCCGAAAAUAAUUUUAAAUAGGGAGUAACAUGUUCAAUAUGAUGCUUUAAUGCAUAGCUUUACCGUGCAUGCAUUAUUAAAACUGUAGAAGUGAUACAGUGACUAUAUUGUUGGCUUGUCCGGCAUAAGGUCCACCUAACGACAACCGUGAAUAUUUCCUUCCCGUAUGGCUGCGUAUGUUAACCGUACGAUAUCAAUGAUGGCUGGCGACGGGCCCCACAACGUUGCGAUGCUGAACAAUGGUGCGGUCCGCGUGAACAUGUCCAACGUUGACUCACCGCUACAGAUAUUUGUGAGGGCUAAGAAGAAGAUUAAUGAUAUAUUUGUUGAGAUAGAUGAUUAUGUCAAAGAUGCCGUCACUUUUAUGCAUGCUGUCACGGGUGAAAAUGGCAUCGCAACUCCACAGGACCUGGCCAACGUGGAGGCCUAUGUAUCCAAAGUGCAAGCCAUACGAGAAGUCCUCAAACGAGAUCACAUGAAAGUCGCCUUCUUUGGCCGGACAAGCAACGGUAAGAGUACAGUGAUCAACGCGAUGUUACACGACAAGAUCCUGCCGAGCGGCAUCGGGCACACCACCAACUGCUUCCUGCAGGUCGAGGGCUCCGACACCGACGAGUCCUUCCUCAGGACCGACGGCUCCGAGGAGAAGCUUAAUGUGCAGUCAGUGAGCCAGCUAGGCCACGCACUAUGCGCGUCGCGGCUGCAGGAGUGCUCGCUGGUGCACGUGUACUGGCCGCGCGAGCUGUGCGCGCUGCUGCGCGACGACGUGGUGCUGGUGGACAGCCCCGGCGUCGACGUCACGCCCAACCUGGACGAGUGGAUCGACCAGUACUGCCUCGACGCCGACGUCUUCGUGCUCGUCGCCAACGCAGAGUCCACGCUCAUGGUCACUGAGAAGAACUUCUUUCAUAAAGUAUCGACAAAAAUAUCGCAACCGAACAUAUUCAUACUGAACAACCGAUGGGAUGCUUCAGCUUCCGAACCUGAGUAUUUAGAUCAAGUCCGCACGCAGCACGCGAACCGCUGCGUGGACUUCCUGUCGCGCGAGCUGCGCGUGUGCUCGCCCAAGGAGGCGGAGGAGCGCAUCUUCUUCAUCUCCGCCAAGGAGGCGCUGCUCACGCGCAUGCGCGAGCGGGAGAAGCCCGUCUCCUCGCCGAUCCUAGCGGAAGGCCACCAGGUGCGGUACUUCGAGUUCGUGGACUUCGAGCGCAAGUUCGAGGAGUGCAUCAGCAAGUCGGCCGUGCGGACCAAGUUCGCGCAGCACUCGCGCCGCGGCAAGAACAUCGCCGCUGAGGUCAUGGCCGCGCUAGAACAGGUGUACAACACAGCGACGGACCAGAAGGCAGCCAAAGUGGAGAAGCAGCGAGUGCUGCACGAGCAGCUGUCCGCCAUCGAGGAGCAGCUCACCACCAUCACGCGCCAGAUGAAGGACAAGAUCAACCGCAUGGUCGAGAGCGUCGAGCAUAAGGUAUCGCUAACCCUGAGCCAGGAGAUCCGCCGGCUGUCGGCCCUCGUGGACGAGUACGACGCGCCCUUCCGCACCGAGCGCGGCGCCCUCGACCAGUACAAGCGAGCCCUGCACAAGCACGUCGAGGCCGGGCUCGGCUCGCGGCUCAAGAAGAGGCUGUCGGCUGAUAUCGGCAAUGAAAUGGAUCAGGCGCAGAAGGAAAUGGCUGACCGCAUGUACAACAUCCUGCCGAUGCACAAGCGAGCGGCGGCGGCGAGCUACAUCAUCCCGCACCAGCAGCCCUUCGAGGUGCUGUACCGCCUCAACUGCGACAACCUCUGCGCCGACUUCACCGAGGACCUGUCCUUCCGCUUCUCCUACGGCAUCACCGCGCUCAUCCAGCGCUUCCAGGGCAAGCACUCCAGCAAGAUCGCGCUCAAGAACCCGCCACAGUACACACAGAUCCCGCCGUCAGUAAGCUCGAUCCCGUCGUCGAUGGAGGUGGCUCGCAGCAACGGGCCGACGCUGGCGGGCAGCGUGGGGCUGUCGGCGGAGGAGUGGGGGCUGGUCAGCAAGUUCGCGCUGGGAGCUCUCACCUCGCAGGGCACCAUGGGCGGCCUGCUGCUGUCCGGACUCCUGCUGAAGACGGUGGGCUGGCGCUUCGUGGCGGUGACGGGCGUGCUGUACGGCGCGCUGUACGCGUACGAGCGGCUGACGUGGACGGCGCGGGCGCAGCAGCGCGUGUUCAAGCAGCAGUACGUGGCGCACGCCAGCAAGAAGCUGCGCCUCAUCGUCGACCUCACCUCCGCCAACUGCAGCCACCAAGUGCAGCAGGAGCUAUCAACGAUGUUCGCGCGGCUGUGCCGGCUGAUCGACGAGGCGACCACGGAGAUGGACUCGGAGCUGUGCGAGGUGAAGGAGGCCAUCAAGAUGCUGGACAGCGCCUCCACCUCCGCCAAGAAGCUGCGCAACAAGGCCAACUACCUCUCGCACGAGCUCGAGCUCUUCGACGACGCCUUCCUUAAGCUCAACUAGGACUCACACGCACAGUGGAAGGAAUAAGCAGCGCAAGCGGCUCGCGAGCGGCGCGUGUGUGUACAUACGGCCCGUGUGUGUUGAGCCGCCGACAUGACAUACUUAGGUUCGCCUCCGUCGCCUCUAGGAAGGUAAACAUGUUUCAUGUCACUGUAUAGUUCAAUGAUAUACCUCUAUUGUAAAUUAGAGCUUUUGUUGUUGUUUUAAACGUUAUUUAUCAGUUUUUAUGUGUUGUAUCACGAUGAAAUCACGCGUAGACUAUCGUCUAAAAACUUGUUAUGACAUUCGUUUGUUGUAUUGAACUUAUUUUAGUUUUUACAUGGUUCCUGACGAUAUUUAAUUUACUUUUAAUGUUUACCUUCCCUAUAUAUAAAUGAACAUCUAGGUGCUACCAAAUGGAUGUAUAAAGACCUCUAAAUCUAAGAAACGUAACGUUUUUAGAUACACUUGUAUAAAAUUGUUAUUACUGAUAAAUUCUACAUGGAGAAUACCUUACGAAAUAUUUACUAUUUGUGUGUUUAAAGGCUAUAUCCAUACGCUUUUACAUGAAUUUCCCUGCAGUAUGUUAUUUAUUGUGAAUGUUUAGAUAGUCAUGGGUACUCAUUAAAAAUAAAUUUAAUCUUGGAGCUCGAUAGCGUCACCCUACUGAUUAGUUACCAUUAACGACAUUUCCGCAUCGAAGUUCCGCAAUAUCGACUAUGCGGCCGCCCUCAUGAUCUGUGAUAUUACUCAUUUUGUUUCAAAAUUGUUUUUAUUCAUCGGCACACUACACAUGAUCCUCAGUGUAAUGGGAAUGGAGCAUUUAUUACGUGUAUCGGUAACUCUUAUAAGCAAAAAUCUAAUAAAAAGUGUAGCAUGGUCAACAUUGCGGAUUAUAAUGAAAUUGUUUCAAUAUAAGGUUAAUUUAUUUAUGAUGUAGUAGCGAAGUGGAGUGUGGUUCUCGGCUGUUGUUAUGUAUGAUGUAGGCAAAGCUGUAUUACUUUACUACAUCAUCACUAACUUACUAUGUUGUCAGAGGAAUGUCUUGGUAUUUUUCUACAACAAUAUGUGAAUGAAAUCUAGAAUUUAAUUCUCAAAUAUACUUCUCAUAUUGGAAAUACAAUAAUAAAUAUGGUGUGUAUUAGAACUAGAUUUUGUAACUUCUCCACUUCUCUGACAAUGUGGUACUUUCAUACAUUUUGGCUAUUUUACAUAAUUGUUAUUUUAUGUAUAGAAUAAAAUGUUAGGUCUCAUUGUAUCGGAUAGGAAGGUACACAGCAUAAAUAAUGAAUGAAUUGGACAUUGGGAGCCAUGCAACCAUUUGAUAUUAGAUAGAUUUUGUUGUCCAUUGUAAUUAGUUAUUGCAUAAUUAGGAGAAUUUUCUUAUGUAAAUAAAUAAAGGAUUCCUUUAUAAA